AUGCGCAUAUUGUAUGUCCUCAGUUUGUUGGCUACUUCGGUUUUUGUUCUUUCAACCGAUUGUAAAGUCGAUGAAGAUUGCAGCUUGAACGGCAUCUGCUCAAAGCGUUUGAAGAAAUGCCAAUGCGAUCCAGGAUGGAUUGACCCCGACUGUGGUCGACUUGAUCUUGCACCUACAACACGCUAUGCCGGCUACAACUAUACCUACAUGCCGCCUGGUCUCGACGACUUCAAUAUUUGGCCCAACGCAUCUUGGGGAGGCCGUAUCAUCCAAGAUCGCGACAAUAAGCGCCUUUUCCACCUCUUUACAGUUCAAUUCACCCAUGGAUGUGGACUGAGAGGCUGGCGUCCGCAUUCGUACAUCAUUCGCGCUGAAUCGUAUAAAGGACCCCAGGGACCAUAUCAAUACGCUGAUGCUGUGUCCAACAAUUUCGCUCAUAACCCGGACAUCGUUCAUAGCCCUGCCGAUGAAAAAUAUCUUUUGUACAGCAUCGGUGUUAACUACGACAAAGAUUUCACCAAUAAUCGUCCUGCUGGUAUUCACGCAACCAAUUCAUCUGCCUUCCCUCUAUGGACAUGCAAGAGCCCCACAAGCGAGAUCAUACUCGGUAUGAAGGAUUAUUAUAUCUUCAGUGCAAAGUCAUGGCAUGACAACUACAAGCUCAAGUACCAAGCCACGUGGAACGUCACAGAGCAAGGUAACCCAGAAUGGACCGAAGACCCACUCAUCUGGCGUGAUAAGAGAGGCCACUGGCAUUCAAUCAAACAUUGGAUGAUCGACUACGUGGAAAACAACAAACAGCAGUGGUCUCGCGUAGGAUCACAUCUCUUCUCACGAAAGCUCACAGGACCGUGGCACUUUAAGCUCCAAGAGGCUUUCAGCUCCAACGUCACUUUCACGGAUGGAUCAUGGCAGGUUUUCAAGCGACGAGAAAGACCGAAACUGUUCUUCAGCGACGAUGGUGAAAUGAAACCGCUGUACAUGACUAAUGGGGUACAGGAGAUAAACGAGACGGGUGCUUCUUUUACGCUUGUUCAGCCGAUUGGUACGAGGUGGAAGAGGUUUGAGAAAGACUUGGGUUUCGGAGAAUCUUAA